CAGCUCUUAAAUAACAUUACCAGCUCUACCUUAUUUUGAAACAAGUUGGAGCUGCUAAAGGAUUAACAGGACUGUGACCAGCAGCAGAUUUGACUAAUCUAUAUGACAUUACUGGUAAAAUGUUCUCCAGCUUACAAAUUGCAACAGUUUUGCUUGGGAUUUCUCUACAUUCGCUCGGAAGCUCGGCCUAUGAGCUACAUGACACCAUCAAUACUCUGCAAGAAGAAAACCUCCACCUUCAGUACCGACUGGAAAACCUCACUCGAGCUCUCAGAGAUCUAAAACAUCUGCUGAUAGAGAACUCCAGAGGUAACACAGACGUAUCUUCUGUUUUCCUGAUUGGAAUUUCUCCAUAGUAAUGUUUUUCUAAUCUGAUGCAGUUUCUGGGAGGAGACGUGAAGCGGAUUUUCUGAAUGUGUGGAAGGAAUGGUUCUUACAUGGUAAGUCUCUCACUGAAAUCUGGCACGAUGAAACAGAUUCUGCCUUAUUACAUGAGUCUUUUUCUUGUGUUUUGCAGGCAUCAGUACAGAGACUCACCAAAUGUUGCAGCAGACUCUCUGUCUGACUGAGCCCCACAGCGCUGCUCAGCCUAUCCUGCCUACUCCUUGUCUCCUCUACCUCUCAGCUCUUGUCUUCUGGAUUUUUCUGUCAUGACUCAGCAAAAACACCCAUCGUCCCUCAGCUCAUUAUGACAACAUGUGUUGCAUACUUGAUUUACUCAUUCAAAAUAAGGAUUGCUUAUGAGUUAAGUUAUCCUUUUAAAUUAUGCUGUCAGUAAAUUUUGCCCUCCCUUAUUAUGACUAACUGUAAUUUUUCUGUACAAUUAAUUUUAUUCAGAAUCAAGGCAUACAAAUAGCCUACAGCCCUGUGCAAAUAACUCCUGUGUCCAGUAUGCAUUUUCCUGACCUGG